AUGACUGCCAACUCGCAUAUGGAGCAGCCCGCAUCGAACAUCCAGGGCAUGUUCACUGCUGACCAUGGGGCUGGCCCUCCUGCCGAGAGCCACGUUGAAUCUCAACGGUCUAUCGAUCCGCAUACCUCUCUUGAGGACUACAACCGUACCAUGCUCGAGUACACGCAAAAGCAGAUGACCUCUUUUGUUGACCUCGACGAUGGUAAUGGCAGCGGCACCAGCAGCAGAAGUAGCCAAAGUAGUGGCAACAGCGGUAACAGCCGUACUUCCAAUAAUGGCGUACUUUCACGUCAAGCCAACGGCCCUCCUCCCACUUCGGCAAGUGCGCAGCGCCAGGCUAUGCAACGGACUGGACAGAUUCCUGCCGGAAGUCCUAACGAGGCCAAACCCUCACGCUACUAG